GCGCUCUGAUUGGCUGAUGCGUUUUUCCCGACGUCGCUUAUAAACCUGCCUUGCCAGGCGUUUCGGGAUGUACGUCCAGCUGACGCGCCUCUUCGGAACCGUCUGAACCAAGGCAUUAAAGGGCUGCUGAAUUAGGCGAGAGAAUCAUGCGUCAGUCCGUGCUGCUCGCGCUGCUCGGCCUCAGCGCCGCGCUGGUUCUCGGGUAUCCCGCUCCGGAGGAGCCGGACUCUGGGAAGCACUGGGUGGUUAUCGUGGCCGGCUCCAACGGCUGGUACAACUACAGGCACCAGGCCGACGCCUGCCAUGCCUACCAGAUUGUCCACAAGAAUGGCAUCCCGGACGAGCAGAUUGUGGUCAUGAUGUACGAUGACUUGGCACAAAAUGAAGCAAACCCCACCCCUGGAAUAUUGAUCAACAAGCCCAACGGCCCCGAUGUGUACAAAGGAGUUCCUAAAGACUACGUCGGGGAAGAUGUGACCCCAGAAAACUUCUUGGCCGUUCUGAAGGGAGACUCCUCGGCAGUCAAAGGUGGUUCUGGAAAGGUGUUGAAGAGCGGCCCCAAGGAUCAUGUGUUUGUGUACUUCACUGACCACGGGGCACCUGGAAUUCUGGCUUUCCCCAGUGAUGAUCUCCACGUUGAAGAUCUCCAAAACGCCAUUCAGUACAUGCAUCAGAACAAGAUGUACAAAAGGAUGGUGUUUUAUAUCGAAGCGUGCGAGUCCGGGUCCAUGAUGAAGACACUGCCUGAUAACAUUGACGUGUACGCCACCACUGCAGCCAACGAUCACGAGUCUUCAUACGCCUGUUACUUAGACGAGAGCAGGGACACCUACCUGGGCGACUGGUACAGCGUUAACUGGAUGGAGGACUCUGAUGCGGAGGACCUGACUAAGGAAACUUUAAUGAAGCAGUUCAAAAUUGUGAGGAGCGAAACCAACACCAGCCACGUCCAGCAGUACGGCAACAAGACUUUGGCCCACAUGAAGGUUAUCCAGUUUCAGGGCAACCCAAAAACAUACAGGCCACCUGGUCCUCAGUUGUCCAACCCACCAAUCACAGCGAAGGACCUGAUCCCGAGCCCCGACGUCCCGCUGGCCAUCCUGAAGAGGAAGCUCAUGUCCUCCAAUGACAUCAGAGCGGCGCGGGUCCUGCUGGCGGAGAUCAGCUCCCACCUCAAGGUCAAGGAGACUUUGGCUGAGACCAUGCGCCACAUCGUGGAGAAGGUGACCGGCAGCAUGCUGGAGACGGAGGAGGUUCUGAACGAGAGAGCCGAACUCUCCCAGUAUGGCUGCUACAAGGCUGCUGUCAACCACUACAAACGCAGCUGCUUCAACUGGCACAAGCCUGAGUUUGAAUAUGCGCUCAGGCAUCUGUACGCUCUGGUGAACCUGUGUGAAAGGGGAUACCCUGCUGAGAGCGUCCUCAUGGCCAUGGACUCUGUGUGUCCCUUCAGCAAGUAAAAACCACUAAAACCAUUUUUGGCCUCAAACUGAGCAACUUCUCGACGGAGCUCAGAAACUUCAUUUUGCACUGCUGAGGAAUCAAUCUGAUGUGGAGUUGGCGUUAUUGUUUCAUGAACACACUAUAGUACAUUUUUACCAAGCUGUUUGAUUUUACCUAGAAUUUUUACACUUUAUGAUGACGUUGCGCUAUUACUGUGAAGUUUGUCGAUGAUGGAUUACUGCUUCUGCCUGUUGAUUUUUUAAAAGAAUAUAGGACAAUUAUAACACUGGGAUUCCUCUGAGCUUUAUCUGUUGGAUCAAGUGUCUUACUUUGAUGUUUGAUUGAGAUGUAAAGGUUGAACUGUAAGCCAUGAAAGCUGGUGGAGUCUCAAGAUACUUUAUUGUAAUUCAGAGCUUUUGAAAUUAAAAAGUGACAAACCAAAA